ACAACACGACCGGCAGUGCUGAGUGCUGCUCCAGGCUCCAGGCGCCGGUGUUUGAGUGCUUCUCUCUCUACCCUCCGAGGACAGCGCGACGACGACCUCCUCGUCGACCAUGUGGCGGCAGAGUGCUGCCCGCGGCCUCGUCGCGGCCGUGCUCGUCACCGUGCUCGUGGCCUGCGCCGAGGCGCACGCCGUGCCCAGCAGCCGGACGUGGCCGUGCAGCCACGCGGCGGCCGAGAACAGUCCCGAGGUGCUGCAGCUGCUCCGAAAGACGGGCAACGCCUUCAAGCAGGUCGGCGACAUCCUCCUGAAGAAGACCGGCGCCGCCCCGAGCAGCGCGACGUCGGCGCAGUCCCCGCCCUCUGCUGCGCUGUACCGGCCGCGACCGGCCGCGACGGUGCCUCACUAUGGCGGCGUCUACCCCCACCCCUACUACUACUACCACCACCACCCACACUCCGUGCCCAUCCCCAGCGCACAGCCCUCGAUGUACCCGGUGCACUACCCGCACUACGUCCCCGCGCCCCAGAUGCAGUACUCCGUGCAGGCCGCGGCGCAGCAGGAGGCGCAGGUCUACCCGCCCGAGCUCAGCAACCACCUCGUGUCGCUGGCCAACGAGUACGAGCAGGCCGCCCAGAACGAGUGCAGCUGCGGCAACGUGGAGGUCAACAUGCGCCAGGGGCCGUCCUCCCUCGCCGCCGGCAAGGCCUCCGACAUCGUCGUGGAGGUCACCCUGGGCGACCUGACGCAGGCCGAAGAGGAGCAAGGGCAGCAACAGCAGUGCGCCGCCGAGCAGCAGAAGAAGACGGUCAACAUUCUCAACAUCUCCGAGGCCUCCGAGCAGGGUGGCGAGAUUGACGCGGACACCACCGGCAAGGCGUCAUCGUCGGCCAGCAUCGAGGAGAAGACGAUCGAGGAGGCAGAUGAAACUCACACCAUCCAGGUCGUGGAGGCCAUCAAGCUGCAGCCCGAGACUAGCCCGCUGCAGGUGGAGACCUUCGACAACACUGCGGCCGCCGUCGAGAAGACCAUCAAGGAGACCGUCGUGGUAAAGAGCGAAACAGAGGAGAGCAAGACCAUCGUCAGCAACAACGGCGAGACCGUCAUCAACGUCAAGACGUACGAGGAGUCCUUCCCCAAGACGCAGGAGGAGGAAGACUUCCUCGGUGACGACCAGGAGGAGGAGGAGGAGGUCCUUGAGGAGCAGUCCUACAUCCCCGAGCUGCCACAGCCUUCAAACUCGUACGAGGAGAAAGUCGAAGUGGUUGAGGUAAAGGAAGAAAAGCUAGAGGAGUUGAAGAAGGAAGCGUCCGUCGUCUCUGAGAUGGUCGAGACCGUCGACAUCGAGCAGAAGGAAACAGUGGACAAGAAAACAACCGUGACGGAGACCAAGACCGUGACCCAGACGGAAACUGCAAACAAGCCCCAGGAAGACGUCAAAAUAAUCGUAGUCGACGUCGACAACAACGUAGCCAAGAAGAACACCACUCAGACAGCGACCGGUGACGCUCAGUACGUCGAAUACGACUACGAGUACGUGGACGAGACCCCCGACUGCGUCGACAACGACGCCAAGGACCUGCAAAAGUACUUCCCCUCUUCGCAGAGCGCGUCGAAGAGUGUGCCGAAGUACGCUGGCGAGUCCGAGGAGAAGAAGAGCCACCUGCAGGAGGGCGAGCACCUCCUUGCCGAGCGCCCUCACCCCGUGGAGAACGUCCAGGUGGUCAUCAAGGGCACCAGCGGACAGACGUACGCCGAAGGCCUGCAGGUCCACAGUGCAGCGGCCCAGCAGCAGCAGGCGCAGAGCACGGCGCACUACCACCACGCCGCGCAGGCGCCCCACCCCGCGCCCCAGCCCAAGCCCAAGCCGGCCGUCGCCUUCGACGUCCCUUGCGAGGCGCACUACGGCAUACCGAAACCUGGCCACCGACAGCGGCAGCAGCAGCAGCAGAUCCAGCAACAGAAGCAGUGGCAGCAGCAGCAGAUCCAGCAACAGCAGCAGUGGCAGCAGCAGCAGCAACAACAACAACUACAGCAGCAGCAGCAGCAACAACAGCAGCAGCAGUUCAAGCAGCAGCAGAUCCAGCAGCAGCUUCUCCAGCAGCAGCAGAUCCAGCAGCUGCUGAUCGAGCAGCAGCAGAUCCAGCAGCAGCAGAUCCAGAAGCAGCAGCAGCAAAUCCAGCAGCAGCAGCAAGACGACCUCACCCAGACCAACGUCCAGUCCCACCACGUCACUUCCCACAAGAUGAGGCAUUACCCUGCUCCGCAGCCGCAGCCCUGGCCCGUGCCCCAGACGCCUGCACCGGACUGCGAGCCGGAGCCCGAGCCGAUUGUGUGCGAGCAGGUGCAGUCCGCUCAGCCUGCCCAGUCGCAGCAAGCCGCAGGCUUCCAGUACCAGGCAGCCCCACCAGUGUUCUACGCGAGACCUACCCCUCAACCCACCCCUCAGUACGUCGCAGGGCCUCCAGUUUACUAUGCCAGACCUACCCCCGCAGCAGCCCCGCAGCAGCCCUCCCCCCAGUAUGUCGCAGGGCCUCCAGUUUACUACGCUAGACCCACUCCUGCACCCGCCCCCCAGCAGCCCUCCCCCCAGUACGUUGCAGGGCCCCCUGUUUUCUACGCUAGACCUACCCCCGCAUCCGCCCCGCAGCAGCCCUCCCCCCAGUAUGUAGCAGGGUCUCCCGUUUCUUACGAAAGACCCACCCCUAAAUCCGUCCCCCAGCAGCCUGCCCCCCAAUACAUCCCCGGACCACCUGUCUACUAUGAAAGGCCUGCCCCUAAAUCCGUCCCCCAGCAGCCCACCACGAAGUACCUCCCUGGCCCCGCGGUGUACUACGCACCCCAGCAGCAGACCGUGCAGACCAAGAAGUCGACCGUGACGCAGUACAAGUCGAGCGCUGCCCAUCCGGCCUACGGCUACUCCUCGCAGCAGACCCAGUCCCAGUCCAGCCAGCCGGCAUCUUCCGCGACCUACGCCAAGGUGGCGCCGGCGAGUGAUUUCGCUUCGUUCGGCCAGGGACUUCACCACCGUCAGCAGCAGCAGCAGCAGACAGCAUGGAUCCAACCGGCGGUCCAGUCCAACACGCAGCAGGCCGCCUCAAAGAUCCUCGUCGGAGCGGUUCGCGAUGCCACCAAGCAGCAGUCCAAGAGCAGCAAGACGACGCCCGCGCAGUACCCGACCUACUACUUCACCGCGCACUCCGACAGCAUCUACGCGCCGCCCAUGAUCAAGAACAUCAAGAAGCAGCCCGCGCAGACGCCGGCCGCCAAGCCCUCGGCGAUCUUUGAUUUCAACGAGACCCCCGGCUCGGCAGAGCAGGACUCGGCCGAGGUCAUCCCCCAGAGGUACGCCAGCGAGGUCGACUACAAGCCGGCGGUCGCCACCCCAGCCCGCGCCCCGGCCGUCCAGAGCUUCUCCACCCUGGUCGAGGACUCGGCCGAGGACCAGCCCACCUUCCAGUUGCAGAAGAAGCCCGCCCCGACCACCAGGGUGGUGGAACCCCCCGCACGCAGGUUCUCUGCCCCAGUCAAGAGCUCGGCAAUCGAGAAGGAGCCUGCGUUCUCCGUUCAGAGCUACUCCGUUCCGGUCGAGGACGACAUUGACGUCUUCGAGUCCUCCGAGCCGCUUGAACUCGCCAAGUUCCCCUCAUCGGUCUCCUCCAUCAAAAUCGAGAAGCAGCCCGUCAGCUCCGAGAAGGCCACGGCCUCGGCGGGGACCAGCGGUGGACACAUCCUGACCGAGGCGUCCCUGCCUGAGGAUGAGGAGUGGUGAUGACCAAAACUUCGACCACUUAAGGGUACAAGAAUCCGUGGACCAUAGCGGCCAGUCCGACGCAAGAGAGAAAUCGCUAUCGCCGCGCUGCGAUUGAAAGGGGGGGGGGGGGUACAAAAUUAGUGGCGCAAACUAGACAAUGUGUAUUUUCUUCAUAUAAGUUGACAAACAAUGAGAUAAAUUAGAUUCAAACUAAAGGGGAGAAAAAAUACGAUGCCACUGCAUAAAACUCUGUGCUAUCCUUAGCUGCAUUCUGUAACUAGUUGUAAAUACCACGUAUUUAUUUUUGUGUUGUAAAUUCAACAAUAAAUUAUGUAAAUGAUGAGUA